UUUGCUGCUCUUCCCUCCCUCGCUCCUCCCAAUCGAAGCUUUAGGUCCGUUUUCUUUAAUGUCUGCUACAGUCGCUCAUUUACGCCGACAACACCACACCGGUAAACACCAACUCUGCGUCGUAUCGCCUUUGCUUCUCCUCUUUGUAGCCGACGCCAUAUCAGGACGCCUCCUACUUUGCUUGUCUUCUUUUUCCAUUUGGCAACAUCUCCUUCUUCCACAAACUUGUUUCUUGAGUUUCUCCAUCUUCUAUAGUGUGAAUUGUGGCCGGGUUUGUUUCUCUGUAGAAGAAUUUUCUGUCCUUACUGCUUGCUAGAACAAUAGAAGUUGAAGUUCUCUACUCUGAUAUCUCAAUCUCAACUCGCCUAAAACUUGCAUUUCUUCAAACAAGCUGAGCUCUACCCAAAAAAGAAAAAGCUGGAGUUGAGAUUCAAGUCGAAUUCAAGCUUGAUAAUAUUCAAACAAGUGAACAACUUGCUUUCUUUCUCGUCAUGUAUUGGCAGUUAUGCUAGUCUAUGGCUUCACAAAUAGCCCUAAUAUUGGUGUUCUCGUAAAAGGUUUUGCUUGUAGAAGAGCCUACUGCAGCCGGAAUCAUUUUAAUCAAAUUAGCAGAAGGCUGGACAUCUGCUGCCAAAAUUUCAAUAACCCAUGGAGAAGAUACUUUAGCCAUUCUAAUCCACUUUCAAAAUUUGCUCCUAGUGAAAAAUUUUCCAUUCUUCACUCAAGUGGUCUUCAGCAUUGGUUCAAGAACUGGCAAGAGCAGAGAAAGCACAAACUGACGGCAAGCACAUUUGGUGGGGCCGUUGGUUUUUGGCCGAAGCGAAGAGUCCAACUAUGGUUAGAGAAAAUUGGAGCAAUAGAACCAUUUUCUGGUAACCUAGCUACCUGUUGGAGCAAUAUCAAAGAGGAGGAAGCACUUGAAAGAUACAAAUUGAUAACAGGAAACACUGUUCUGUUUCCAAAGUUCCAGAUAUAUGGUGAGAACCACCCAGAAGAUGAUUGGUUAGCUGCUUCUCCUGAUGGAGUAGUUGACCAUCUUGUGUAUGGGUUGUCUUCACGAGGAAUACUGGAGAUAAAAUGUCCAUUUUUUAAUGGAGAUAUGAGCAACGCUUCCCCUUGGAAGAGAAUUCCUAUUUAUUAUAUUCCCCAAGCUCAGGGUUUGAUGGAAAUAACGGAUAGAGAUUGGAUGGAUUUCUAUGUUUGGACUCCUAAUGGUAGCAGUUUAUUCAGAUUGUAUCGUGAUCGAGAGUACUGGGAUGCUUUGAGAAUAGCACUUUCUGAUUUCUGGUGGAAGCAUGUUCAGCCAGCGAGAGAACUGUACAGGAAAUCUUUGAUCACAAAUCCUCUUGAACAAUUAAGAUCACUGAGGCCAGCACCCAGAUUUGUGCAGUUUAGUAGAUCCAUAGCAUAUGACAUUCCAUUCCAAGAAUUGAGAUUUACAGCUAAAAGAAUACAAUUGAAGAUGGUUGGCAUGACGUGAUAUAAAGCGGAAUUCUUGUGCUCUCAGCUUUUGCUAAGUUGAGGAAGGUAUGACUAGAUUUUUCUCAUGUUUUUCUUGCUUGUAUAAGUUACACCUUUGUUACACACCUUACUCCCCAUUUUAGUUUGAUAUGUUCUCUUGAUAGCUUGGUUCAUCCAAUUUUUGUGAGUAUAAGGUUACUUGGUUGGUUCAUCUCUUGACAGCUUAGCAAAUUGAAAGAGAGAGAAAAUGACAUUUUCUGCAAUGAAACUUGGAUUUAUAAGGUUUGUUAAUGACUUAGGUUGAACUGAAAGAAUUUAGAUAUUUCUACAGUUCCUGCUAGAGAUUCUAGAUCUCUUUUAGUCAUUUACCUCUAACUUGGAUGUAAAUGGCUAUAUAUUUUUAUUUAUAAUACUACAUUCUGGUAACAACAAAAGUGACAACUUCUAACAAUGAUAUAAAGAGCUUGUGGAGUCCCUUUCUGAUUAAUACUUAGAUUUGUUGGUCAAUUUCAGGAAUGUUAAUUUCAAUUCAAAAUCAAGAAAAAAAGUUUUAAGCUUAGAUCUCCAACUUCUUCUCAUUUAUCAAUUAGGUAGUUGAAUUGUGGAUCUUCAUCUUCAGAAAAUCGUCUCACUGAGUUUUACUUCUAAACACAGUUUUCUUUGAGAAAACAACUCUACUUGAGCAUUUGGUAUUUUGAUUGCAUUUGGAUUUUAAGGAUGGUGACAUAGGAUUAAAUUAAAGUUAAAGCAGCCUUAUGCGCAUUGAUGGAUUAAACAUCAAGGUGAAGGUUUACAUGAAAUAUGAAAAUGUAUGGAGACAGCACUACAAUUGAUCAUUUUGGUAAUUUUUUUUUCCUUGCUUUAUAUGGUUUUUCUGUUAUUGAAGAGCUUCAAUUUUUGGCAGGAUGGUUUUGAGGAGUCAGCCAUGUACUAGUAUAGUUAAUUUCCCAUUUUUGUAUAGCACUGGGUUGUUCUAAAACCCUUGGUUUUAUUUCUACACACCAAUUCUCUUAAUAAUUACUGCCUUUAAAAUAGGAACAUAAUCGAGUAUAUUGUUUUAGUACUUAUUGAAAUUGUGGUAGUUAUUGUUUGCAAUGGACGAUAGGUUGAUUGAAUUUUUUGUUGGAAGUUUGAUAUUUUGGUGCUAGUGAUUGAUGGCAGUGAGAAAUUAACAAAGCCAUUAGAUUUUACUAUUGAUGGAAGUUCAGUUGAGUUACUUUGUGGUCACCACUUUGUAGCCUCCACCAGAGGUGACAGGGGAGGUGAGCAUGUAUGACUUUGUAGUGACUGCCAGAGGAUUUAAUUCCUUUCUUGCUUCCUUUUCUUUUAUUCAACUGAUAUCCACUUCACAGUUUGUGUUUGACAAUGGUCCUGCAUGUUAAGGGCCAAGGCCAGCCUUGGAAAUUUGUUUUUUUUUUUUAAAAAAAAAAAAAACCCUGCCUUGGAAAUUUGUGUUCCUUUUAAAUGCUAGUCAUCUAGUCAGUUUUGUAUUUUCACUGCAUUUUAGUCUGGAGUAUUACUCUCCUGCACUGAUAUCCUUGGGUUUUGCAGUUGUAUGCUAAUGAACCAAUGUUUUCAAGUGAAAUCUCUUACUAUUCACUCAUCUUCGGAACUUGGAUCUUUCUUUCAUGCAUUAGUAGCUUACAAACUGGAAAGUUGAUCAUUCAAUUCAGUAGCCUCUGAUCAUCAGGCUGAAUGCAUGGGACUACAGUUUAGAUGUGUUUGGUUGUUUGGACUAUUAUACAGGUCAUUUGAAUACAGAUAAAUAGUUUUAGUUGUUACACUUUAUUUAAAAAAAAUGUUUUAGUUAUUGCACAAGAAAUGGAUAUAAAUGAUGACACAGGAUUUGAAGAGGCAAGGCAAGAGUUCAUGCAAAAAUGGAUUACAUAAUCUAUAUCUUUUAGUUUUGGUGCAAGGUUUUGAUUGUUUGACUCUUGUUUAUAACUACUGACGCGAAACUGACAUCUGGUAGACCUCAUAGAUUAGGCAUUGAUAUUUUUCUGGGAUUUGUGUUCAAGCUGAAUACAGAGGAUUGCAAGUAACUGUGCUGACAAUGACAGCACAUUCUAAUUUCGAGUUCUCCUAGUCUCUAAUUCAAUAGAGAUUUCGGAAUUGCAGACGGAAACGAGAUUUCUUAAUGCAAUGGAUUCUAUAUAUGCUGCUAUCCUCUUAGUGGGUUCCAGAACAGGUCAUUAAUGCAGCCAGUUGCAGUUAUUGGAAGGUUUAUAUGCAUCAUUACAAUAUGCUUGUGGACAGUUUGUGGCUCAGCUCCCAUACAUUUUCAGGCGGACCAUUGUCUGUGAAGUUGUAGUUGUGCCAUAGCUUGUGAUGGAAUUUGAGGGGACAGAUGUGAAGUUCUUUUGGUUUAUGUUCUUCAUGUGCUUCACCUUUGCUUACCUGAUUUUCUACGUGAGACAGUCGCUCUCACAGCCAACCAGCACAUUGACAUUGCUGCCACUGUAUCUGCUUCAUUGCAAUUGUGAAACCUCUUUGAAGGAUUCUUUGUUCCAACUGUAUGAAGGAGAAUGAGUCGGGCAUAACCGUGAGAAAGUGAGAAGCUAGAUUGGGUAUAGAGAUGACCUGGUGUCUUCUGUAUUGCAUCAAAUAAAUAGGAUUGAGUAUCACACUUGCUUGUAUUUAAUGUAAAGACAUAACGAGGGAAACUGGUCCUGAAAUAUAUCUGGAUGCAGCUAUUUUUGUUAAUUUACUGGGAUCAUUGAGCUAUAUUUUAUCAAAAAAUAAUGUAUAAGCAUGUUUAUAUUGUA